CCGCGGGACAGGCUGGGUACUGGUGUGUCCUUGUCGAGCUGCGGUCGGUUAUUCGGGGAGAGGCUUCGAGUUGCACCAUGUUCACCGCCGCUUUCCGCUCCAUCGUCCGUCCUGACAGGCUGCACUUGCUCCGACAGGGAUUACUCAUCAGGUGUUAUGCCGAAGCGGCGCCAUCGUCAGCCACCAAGAUGUCUUUUACAUUUGCUUCCCCCACCGAGGUGUUCUAUAAUGAAGCCAAUGUGAAACAAGUUGAUGUUCCAACACUGACUGGAAGCUUUGGUAUUCUACCUGCCCAUGUACCCACGUUACAAGUACUAAAACCUGGAGUUGUAACAGUAUAUGAUGAAGAAGGUGCACAGACAAAGUAUUUUGUGAGCAGUGGUUCUGUGACAGUGAAUGCAGACUCGUCAGUUCAGCUCCUAGCUGAAGAAGCAGCGACCCUGGAUGAAUUAGACAUAUCAGCUGCAAAGGCUAACCUAGACAAAGCCAAUGCUGAACUAUCAUCUGCGUCUGGUGAGGUAGAACGGGCAGAGGCAUUGAUUAGCAUAGAAACUAAUGAAGCAAUAAUAAAAGCACUGGAUUAACUUGACUAUUGGGGCAAACAGUUUCAUGAAGCUGAUUGGUCAAUCUUCAUUUUGGAAGAAGGCAACAGUUCAGUUAAAUGGAUUGGAUUUAAAGAAAUAAAUACAUAACAACCAA